AUGCUAGGUUCUUCAAAGUCACUAAUAAAGGGGCUAGACUCUUUAUUUGAUACUUGGAAAGAAGAUGGAGUUAAUACUUUAGACACUUCCGAGCUAUUGAAGAUCAUAGCGCAAUUUUUAGAUCGACAUAAUACUUUGCAAAUAAUACGGCAAUCAACUAGCAUAAAUGACGAGUUAUUCAGAUUAUACAAAACUUAUAUCCAACCAUCAUCAAAUCUAUCGAAAGAAGUCACAUUCUUGAAGUUACUUUAUCAAUUACUGCCCGUCCUUAAUAAAAAAGAGAUAUUCUUAUGGUUAACCACUUAUUUGAAACCUGCAGUAGAUAGUGCUGGGUAUGAUCUAAAGUUUGUGGAAAGCUCUAGAGAGUUUAUCAGAAGAGUAACGAUAAACCUAUUUCCCACUGAUGAUCCUGAGCUAAGAAAUGGAAGACAAGAGAUUGCCAGCGAUAUAGCGAAAAAGUUAAUGGAACUAUAUAUUGGAACUGACGACUUAGUUUACGAAAUAAUAAAAUUGAAACCAUCCCAAGCAGAAAAGGAUACUCAAGUAUACGAAGAGAGAUUGCGGUUCAUUAAGCAAAACUGUCAGACACUAAUCCAAGAAUACGGGUUAACUAACACUGAAGAUUAUCUCAGAUUGAUAAAUUCAUUUAUAAUAUCUCCUACACAAAGAUUAGCAAGUUUAACUCUUUUAUCAUCACUAAUUUCAUCCAACACAUCUCAAAUUCUCCAAAUUACUAAUACAGAUCUAUUUCCAAACAUCAUGAAAUGCUUACUGUAUGAUUUCAGUGAAAGUGUGAUUCUUUCUCUGUUAUCAAUCUUGAUAAUGUUAAUUCCUCAAAUUUGUCAUAAGAUUGCAAGUUAUUUAUCAGAUAUACUAGUGAUAUAUAUUCGAAUAAUGAAUUGGGAAGAGUUCAAUAAAUAUGUGCCGAAGAGAUAUGAAGUCCUAUUAGGAUAUAUGGAAGAGGCUAAUGUCAACUGGACCAUAACAAACUUUGAUCAAUCUACUGAUUACUCAAAUUUUGAUUCAGUAACAACCAAGAUGGAAUUUGAUAUUGUACAUCUCGGAACCUUAAUCUAUGGUUUGUUCCCAUUGAGUUUAAGUAAGUUUUGUCAAUCUCCAUUUACUUAUCUAAAACAUAAUGUUCCUAAGUUCAUUAAUCCAAAUUACAUAGCCAGAUUAGAUGCCGAAAUUAAACUUAAAGGUCCUACCACUGAUAGAAUAGAAUAUACCACACGUAUCAAAACGAAAGCAUUAUACCAGAGCUUGUUAGUCCAUCCAAAAUUUAUUGACUUUGAUAAAAACACUAUAGAACAAGAAUUGAAAAAUCCAAUCCAAUGGAUUCUUGAUGUCAAUGAUGGAGAAUCGAUAGGUACUGAAGAAGUAGCUAUAACUUGUUUAAGUUUGAAUCCCGAUAUUUUAGUCACCCUUAGUGAUACAUUAACAACAAUUCCAAACGUACAAUCAAGCGAUUCGCCAAUAACUCCGAAACUUAUUUCCCGAAACUCUUCUAUCGGAAGUCCUUUAAAUAGCCCUUUAAGUACAUUAGUUGCAAGUUCAGUUCAGAACAUUCACCGAAAAAUGUCAAUAAUACCUACAAAUCUAGUCAUUGAACAUCAAAGAGAGACACCAGAUGUUUUCUUUAAGGAUAUUAAAUUUGAUGAGGGCAAGUCUGAGGUUGAAGAUUCUACGCUUAAUAGUUUUGAUAUGCAAGAAGAGAAACACGAUGAACCAAUAUCAGAUUUAUUAACCACUCACGAGAAACUCUUUGGUCCAAAGACGAAGCUAGGACCUACUGAUCUUGCAAGAAAACCUUCUAUAUUGAAAUCAGAGGUUAGAAUACAAAGACCAAUUUCAUCCCCAACUACGUCAGUUGAAACGACCACUGUUGCUCACAAAGGUUCAAUAGGUAGCAGUUCAACUGGCUCAUCGUUGAAUAAUAAUGCAGCUGUUAACGGUGGUACAGCUUUAGACUAUUAUCAGAGAGAGCUUCUUUUAAUGAAGAAUGCCUUGGAAUUUUCAAGUUAUAUGAAACAUUUGAAUAAAUUCCAUUACAUUCGACUCAAAUUAAAGAUGAACAAAUUGUUGAGAGAAGCAAGUUUGCAUUAUCAAUCGAUUGAACACAAAAAUAAUCUAUUACAGAUCCAAGAGUUAAACGAAAGCUCGGAUGAUAUGAAGGGUGCUUUAUCAUCGUUACAGCUCGAAGCUGAUAAUAGCAAAUCUGCUGCUGAUAAUGAAAAAUCUGGAUUGUUUACUCAAUUGCAGGAAUUACAAGAGAAGAAUAGAGACUUGAAGUAUUUAUUUGAAGAGAUUCAGAAUGAAAACAACCUGCUUCAUGGUGAUUUGAAUCAAUUGAAUGAAAGAAUCAUUCCUAUAAAAGAUCUUGAAAUUGAAAAUUUGAAGGUUAAGUUGAAAGAGUUAGAAACCAAUCAAGUCAAUAAUAAUAAAGCUGCCAAGAAAAGUACAGAAGAAGAAGAAGAAGUAUCGACAGAUAUGUCAGAGAUAGAACGAAAACUUGUUAGAUUAAGAGAUGAACUUUUGGUACUGCAAGAUAAGAAUUCAAAAAUCGCCCAAGAGUUAUCUAAAUCGCAAGAUGCUUACCAGGCAAUGCAAAAAAGUUAUGAAUACAAACUUGCAUCGUCUAAAAUCGAUCUUAAUGAGAAUAUUAAUUCGUUCACAUCUCAUUAUGAUAAGAAAAUUCAAGAAUUAAGUACAACCAUACUUAAAUAUGAGGCGUUAAUAGAAGAAAAGAAUUCAAAAAUUUUACAAUUAUCAUCUUCAAAACCAAUUUCGAUACCAAUGUCUACAGGGGGUUAUAGAAUUCCUGACAAUAGAAUACCACAAAGACUUUCGAGAACUUCAACAACGGCUGAUUUCAAUGAAGGUUAUAUACAAGAAAAGGACAGAUCUAACUCAUCUCUAGAUCUGAUUUCACCUCCACCUUCAAAUGUACAUCUUGGACACCAACCUACGUUCUCUAAUUAUCCUCAAUUCAAGCAUCAGAUGCAGACCGCGGUUGGGUCAAUUCCACCACAACUUCAAAACAAAACACCAAGCACAUUGUUAGGACAACAAUUGCAACAACAACAGUUACAACAGCAACUGUCACAACAACAACAACAACAACAACAACCAAUUAUCAGAGGAAGAGGAGGACUUCAAAAGAGAUCUAAAAAGAUGAUGUGA